AUGAGCUCAACUUGUCUAAAUGAUGGCUCUUGGGGACCUGGUGUACGGGGAUGUCGAGGCGAUUUCGACUUCACCCAGAAAUUCGAACGCAUAUUCCUUUCAAUUAUACCAACUGCGGUGUUCGUCGCGGCAGCUGUUGCCCGCAUAACCAUUUUAUUACAGCGCGAAAGGAUAGUUGGAGGUAUCGUUCUUCAGUCGAUUAAGAUUGCAUUUCUGGCCGUUUAUGCCAUUGUUCAAGUUGCGAUUCUAAUUCUCAUCGCGACUGGGGCCCCAGGCGUUGUCCACGGCCUCUCUAUUGCUGGGUCAAUCUUUGUAGCCAUCGCCUCCUUCUUAGCGGUCGUUUUAUCCUCAUUCGAGCACUCCUGUGCCCGCAGACCGUCGACUUUGCUCAAUGUCUACAUAUUGCUCACGCUCCUGUUUGACAUUGUGCAAACGAGAACGGCAUGGCUUGCAUCUCAACAUGGCAUCCAGCCUCGCCUGUUCACUGCAUCUGUCGUCGUCAAAGCUAUUAUUCUAUGUCUCGAGACGAUUCCUAAAACAAAAUGGAUUCACUGGAAUGCUGAUGAGCAUAGCCCAGAGGAGUCGAGCGGCAUAUUCAGCAUUGGUGCUUUCGCCUGGCUGAACCAGCUUUUCAUGAGAGGAUAUCGAGGGGUUUUGGCCAUAGAUGACCUUUAUCCCCUCGAUGAGAACAUGGUUUCCAGCAAGUUGUAUAGCCAGUUUGUCAAAAGGAUUAGGGUGCAUAGAUACAGCCAAGAGCUCAAGUCUGGACUUCUGAAGGACCUGGCCAGAACACUCAUCAGCCCGUUCCUCCUCCCAAUUGCGCCUCGCGUUGCCCUCAUCGCCUUCAAAUUCUGCCAGCCCGUCUUCAUCGAUGCUACUCUUGAGUACCUGCAGAUGCCCGAGACGCCAGCGACGAAAAACAUGGGUUACGGCUUGAUCGGCGCAGCAUUCCUCAUUUACGCAGGCAUUGGACUUUCUUCCGCCUUUUACGGCUACUAUCAGGAAAAGGCCGUCUAUAUGAUUCGAGGCUGCCUAGUCGCUGCGAUUUACCAAAAGACAACCCAGAUGAAGAUCACGGCCGCUGAUGAUUCUGCCGCUUUAACGCUUAUGAGCGCUGAUGUUGAACGCAUUAUCAGGGGUGCUGGGACAGCUCAUGAUAUCUGGGCAAACAGUAUAGAAGUAGCCAUCGGUUGCUGGCUUCUGCAUGGAAAGAUCGGUCUAGCGUUCCUGUCUCCGCUUGUCGUGAUCGGUGUUUGCGCUCUUUUGCUGUCCUGGUUGGUCACGUUCGUUGGCAAGAGGCAGAGCAUAUGGAUGGCGAAGAUCCAGAAUAGAGUGGGAUUGACCGCCAACGCCAUCUCCCAGAUGAAACUCUACAAAAUCUCAGGUAUUGCUGGGCCUGUUGCAGAUCUCAUACAGACGCUCCGCGUUGGAGAGAUCAAGGUUGGGAAUAGUUAUCGCUGGCUGUUGAUAAGCGCUGCGGUGCUGGGCUUCUUCCCAAUUUGCAUCUCUCCAGUCGUUACCUUUGCAUUCACGUCCACAAAGUUGACUGUGAACACACUCUUCACCUCGCUAUCAUACAUACUCCUCUUCACUACUCCCGUCAUCGGCCUUUUCCAGAGCCUUCCGGGCAUUUUUGCCGCUCUGACAUGCAUGGCUCGAGUGCAAAGAUUUAUCGCCGCAGAUCCACGCCAUGACUUCCGAAUCCAUGAAACUACUUCCGUUGCCGAGAAAAGUCCAUCGAACCCGCCAAACGAGGUAGCAUUUUCUGUUGAGAACGGCUGCUUCGGAUGGGGAGGUGAGAAAUUGACACUUAGUCAAAUGCAUGCUUCUGUUCCGGCUCACAAGCUCACCAUAGUGGUGGGCGAAGUGGCAUCUGGCAAGACCACCUUCUGUAAGGCUUUACUUGGGGAGCUGCCUGUCGCUUCAGGGAUCAUCAGAACGUAUAUACCAUCGCAUCGCAUCGGCUACUGUGAACAAACCCCUUUUCUUUACAACGCGAGCUUCCGAGAAAACAUUGUUGGCCAUUGCGCUUUCGAUCAGGCCAAGUACGACGAAAUUGUGGAAGCUACUAUGCUCACACCGGACGUUGUACUUUUACCACAAGGUCAUGAUACAAAGAUUGGCAGUAAUGGUAUCAUGUUGAGUGGCGGUCAAAAGCAGCGUCUUUCGGUUGCUCGUGCUCUAUACUCUGAAGCAGAUCUGAUGAUUUUCGACGAUAUCCUAAGUGGUCUAGACCUGGAUACUGAAUCAGAGCUCUUUAGACGUGUAUUUGGACCAGGGGGUAUCACUCGUCGACGCAACGUCACUGUGGUCAUCUGUACACAUUCAGUCAGGAAUCUACCUCUGGCAGACCAUAUCAUUGCUCUUGGUAAUGGUACAGUCAUCGAAGAAGGGAGUUUCUCAGACUUGAUAGAGAACAAAAAGUAUGUUCACAGCCUCGGCGUCAAGCACAGAGAUACGGAUUCUUCUUCAGACGAUGAAAAGCCCAUGGCAAGAGCCACUGCUGCCACUGUCCCUAUAAUUCUUCCUCAGGACGUAUCAGCGGCGGAAAAUAAAGCACGACAACAAGGCGACUUUUCUAUUUAUAAACACUACUUCAAGAGCGUCGGCUUCUGGCCAGUUGUCAUCGUCGCUGUGGCGGGCAUGUUAACCGGUGUCUGCAACAGUCUUUCCAGUGUCUGGAUCAAAUUCUGGGCUGAAGACGCUUUUAACAGAUCCUUUGCCUUCUACGUAGGUAUCUAUGGUAUGCUGCGAGCUGGCUAUAUGGUCUUCUUGUUCUGCGAUGGAGUUACAACAUUGAUCAAGAUGACUGCAUCGGCAGGUACUGAACUACACGAACGCGCAAUUUUGACUGUUAUUUCUGCGCCUCUGAGGUUCUUCUCAAAGACUGACACGGGUAUUGUGACGAACUUAUUCUCGCAAGAUAUGACUCUUCUGGAUAUGGAGCUCCCACUGGCCCUGACCAACUUUUCCCUGGACAUCUCUAACGCAUUUGGCACAGCAUUCGUUGUAGCUUCAGCGUCGCCAUAUCUCGCAGUUGGAUACCCCUUUCUGAUGGGUAUUCUAUACUUUAUACAAAAGUUCUACCUCAGAACUUCUAGACAGAUUCGACUCCUCGACCUUGAGGCUAAAAGCCCAUUGUAUACACAUUUCACGGACACAAUCAAAGGUGUUGCAACUAUUCGGGCCUUUGGGUGGGAACAAUUUGACAUUGCUCACAGCAACAAACUUCUCGACACGUCCCAGCGCCCAGCAUACCUCCUGGCAAUGAUUCAACAAUGGCUCGCCACAUUACUUCACUUCAUUGUUACAGGCACUGCCGUUCUUCUUAUCGCUCUUGCAACUCAGCUUCGAACCAAUGCAGGUUUGACUGGCGCCAGUCUGAUCUCUCUCUUGACCUUCAGUGAAGCCUUGUCAAACCUCAUUACUAGUUACACCUCUCUUGAGACGUCGCUAGGCGCUGUGAGCCGGUUAAGGUCUUUCAGUGAAACUGUGGAGACAGAGAAUAAACCGGGCGAAGUUAUUGAGCCCCCCGAAACCUGGCCUCAAAGCGGCAGCAUACAAGUCCGCAAGGUCUCUGCCUCUUACGAUUCUCCAAGCAACGAGCAAGACGAAACUACUUCUAGCUUGGCACUACGUGACCUCGAGCUAGACAUCUUGCCCGGCCAGAAAGUAGCAGUUUGUGGCCGUACAGGAAGUGGAAAGUCAACUCUGAUCCUUCUCCUCUUACGUCUCAUCGAUCCUCUCCCCUCUUGCGAUUCGAACAUGACGAUCGACGACAUAUACCUUCAUCAAAUAGAUCGCGCUACCUUGCGCAAGCGCGUCAUUUGCAUUCCCCAGGACGCAGUGUUUCUUCCUGAUGGCAGCUCUGUCAAAGAUAACAUCGACCCUUACAAGGCAGCCACGGACGUGGAAUGCUUCAACGUUCUCAACACGGUGCGGUUAUCAGGCUUUGUCCAAGACAAAGGCAGCCUCAACGCUGGUAUGAGCGCCGAUGAUCUCAGUGCUGGACAAAAGCAGCUCUUCAGCCUCGGUAGAGCGAUUCUACGUCGUAGGGUGCGCGAUCGCCUUGCCGUGGGUGAGAAGCGAGGUGGAUUGCUAUUGCUUGACGAAGUGAGCAGCAGUGUCGACAAGGUAACCGACAGGGCUAUGCAAGAGAUUAUUCGUGAAGAAUUCGAGAAUUAUACAAUUGUCAUGGUGUCUCAUCGGCUUGAGAUGGUAAUGGACUUUUUUAACAGAGUUAUUGUUCUGGACAGGGGUACUGUUGUAGAGUCUGGUGGGCCAAGGGAACUCGUCGAGACGCCGGGAAGUCGAUUUGGUGAUCUCUGGGCUGUUGAGCAUGACAGCAGGUCAGAAUAG